AUGUUCCUUGUAUUACUUACUGCUGUUCAUUAUUUAUUUAUUGUUACAACAAACAAUUUAUAUUUUCCGAGAAUGAUGAAUGAAAUUUCAAGAAGAAUUGUUGUAGAGAAUGAAUCAUGGUACGAUCAUCAUUCUCAACCAUUAUCAUUUAUACAUGUUCAUGGAAUGACCAUUCAAGAACAAUCUCAAAUAGCCUCUCAAAUCAAAGAAGUAUUUAAAUUUUCAUUCAAUUCCUAUAUGAAACAUGCAUUUCCCUAUGAUGAAUUAAAACCAAUAUCUUGUAGUGGUAUUAGCACAUGGGGUAAUUAUUCAUUGACUCUCAUUGACUCUCUUGAUACUCUCUAUAUUAUGAAUUUACAUGACGAAUUUAAAAUGGGAGUUGAAUACGUAUUAGAUCAUUUCAAAGAUUUUCAUUUUGAUUCCCAUGUGUCUGUGUUUGAAACGAAUAUUCGAAUAUUAGGAGGAUUAUUGAGUGCACAUUUGUUGGCCUUAAAACAUGAUUGGUAUCGAGAGAGAAUUCGGAACCAUGGAAGUAUGACCACAACGGUAGAACCUGUAUCAUUGAGCGAGGCUUCUAGAUCCUCUUCUACCACUCCAAUAAUCACCAAACAUCAUUCCCUUCUCACUUUGAGUAUUGAUUUAUGUGAGAGGCUGAUCAAAGCCUUUGAUACACCCACUCAUAUACCGUAUGGUAUGGUACACUUUACACAAGGUGUUCUCAAAAAUGAAAGUCAAGUCACAGCAGCAGCAGGUGGAGGUACCUUUCUCAUGGAAUUUGGAUUAUUGUCCUAUCUCACUGGUAACAUGAAAUAUUAUGAUUAUGCGAAGAGAGCAUCACUUGCAUUGUAUUUAUUAAGAGAUCCAAAUACUAAUCUCAUUGGUAAUCAUGUUAAUAUUAUCAAUGGACACUGGACACAUCGUGAGAGUGGUAUUGGUGCUAGUUGUGAUAGUUUCUUUGAAUAUCUAUUGAAAGGUUUCAUGUUAUUUAGAGAUGAAGAUUUAAUUCAAAUGUUUAAAACAUGCUAUGAUGGUAUUAUGAAACAUGUCUAUAGAGAACCAUGGUAUAGUGAUGUAGAUAUGAAGACAUCCAAGUUGACAUUUGGGUUAUACAAUUCUUUGGCAUCAUUUUGGCCAGGACUACAAACACUCUAUGGUCAUGAUUUUGAAAAGGCAAAAAAGACCUUAAAUGCCAUAUUUGGUAUAUGGCGGUUGCAUGGAGUAAUUCCAGAAGGAUUUAAUUUAUAUGUAUCAAAAGCACAGAAAGGUCAAAUGCCAUAUCCAUUGAGACCUGAAUUGAUUGAAAGUGUGUAUCAUUUGUACAAAUUUGAUGGAUCUAGAGACUCUUCUUAUUUGUAUAUGGCAAGAGAUUUCUUGACAGGGUUACAAGUUGUAUGCAAAACAAAAUGUGGUUAUGCUGUGGUGAAAGAUAGUGAAUCUAAAUUACUGGAAGAUCGAAUGGAGUCAUUCUUUCUAAGCGAAACAUUGAAAUAUUUAUAUUUAAUUUUUGAUCCUUAUAAUUUUGUUCAUUGGAAUGAAGAAAGUGGACAAGAAGAAUUACUCUACACAUUCAAUACUGAGGCUCAUAUCAUUCCUUUGAAUUUACAUGAAUAUUUGAAAAAGUAUAAUACCAAAAUGGAAGAUGGAGGUGAUAUUGAACAUAGUUCGACGAGUAGUAGUGUCACCACCACUGGUAAUUCUCAAUUCCAACAAUUGUUACAUUUAUUCAACAAGAGAGUUCAUAUGAGCAACAACCAAAUGUUUGCUCAAAAAGGUUCUUCACACAUUCCAAAAUGA